AUGUCGUUCCAAGACAUGGGCAAGUCUUCCAGGGCUGGUGGUGGUUCGUCUCCAAAGCAAUCGUUUGGAGGAGCACCGUCAUCGAGAGGAAAUGCGUUGACUCAGAUCAGUGAGGGUCUCAACCAGUAUCAGCGCAAUGUUGGAAUUCUGGAGAAAAUUGUGCAGCAAUUGGGACUCAUUCGAAGGCAAGGCGGUGGAAGCGCCGUGACUGAACUUCAGAUGCAGUACGACGUUCAGAUUGAUGUGGUAAAACAAUUGGAACAACGAGUAGAACAGCAGUUGAACAGUGCGCAGUCAGGGCUCCCUCAGAUUGUAAAGCUGAAGCGUGAUUUCCAGCGCGUUCAAACUCGUGUCAAGACUCUGCAAUCAGAUGUGCAAAGAAUGAAAGAAGCAGCAAAAGCGGCACCGCGUUCUACUGGUGCUGACCCAUACGGCGGAGGCCCGUCACCUUAUGGCGCUCACGGCACGGAUGCAGCAGGAACACAGCAGCAGCAACUACAAAUGCAACAAGAUCAGCGACUGGCAGAAGAGAUCAUGAGGGAGCGAGAAGCAGAAAUUAGAAAUAUCAAUCAAGGGAUGCAUCAGGUUAACGAAAUUUACAAGGAUUUGGCUCACAUUGUUGGCAGUCAGCAGGAACAAAUCGACACAAUCGAAACACAAAUGGAGGAAUCACGGGCGAAUGCGGAGCAAGGGCUCAAACAGGUAGAGAAGGCCAACGAAAAAUAUGGCAAUUCUCAAUGCAUUAUUUCCUAG